AAGACUUGAAAAUGAGGAUGAGGACACAGAUUUGGGAUGAUAAAAGUGAAGAGCAUUUUGGGAAUAAGUUUUAAUGUACUUGGGUUAUGUAAAUUUUAUUGUAUACUUGGUGCUUAAACAAAAUGCAUAGCAGAAGAGAGAGAGAGAGUGAGAAAUAAGAAAAACAAAUAUUUUGUAAGCAAUGCCAAUCGAGGCCUGGUCAAUAAUUUAUUUAGGCUGUGUUCGACUAUAUAAAAUUGAAAAAAAAUAAUUUAAAAAAUUAAAAAAAAAUAAUUUAAAAAAUUGAAGUAAAAUUUUCUCUACUUUGACCGAUUCGAAUUCAAAACCCCAAUUCCCUGCGAACACAACUUAGAGUAUACUCUGGUCAUUUUCUGUUUAGUAAAAAGAGGAAGCUCAUAAUAGUGCAGGCUGUGCAGCAAUUAUGAGUCGCACUAUAUAAAAAAAUCCUAUAAAAUAGGAUACACUUCAAUCUUCCUAACUCAUAAUUUCCUUCAGUUAAUAACUGUUUUUCUGCUUACAACUUCUUUAAGUGUAUACCCUCCUCAAAUCAUGAAGCUAAGCUAUUCUGUUCUCUCUCAAUCCAUGAUCACCUUUUUCUUCUUUCUUCUAUUCCCUUUUGCGUCUCCACUAAGCUUCAAUUUCACAAAUAUUGGACCCAACAAUACCAGAGACAUAAACACCACACAAGAUGCUUAUAUUUCAGACCAAGGCAUCCAAAUCACUCCAGAUCCAGAUGAUUAUCAGCACAAUGCAGCGUCGUUAACCUGGAAAGUUGGUCAAGCCACGUAUGUCAAACCUCUGCACCUUUGGGACAGAGCUGCAAGACAACUGGCGGACUUCAACGUCCAUUUCUCCUUCCUCAUAGUUCAAAGCUAUAAUUUCGAUAAUUUGGCUGAGGGGCUUGCCUUCUUCCUUGCUCCCAACGGCUCAAACAUCCCUGAUCUUGCAAAGGGGGGUCGGCUUGGUCUCACCAACAGUGACGAGAAAAAUAUUUUUGUUGCGGUGGAGUUUGAUACUUACAAGAAUGAUCAGUGGGAAGCUGGCUAUCCUGUCGGUCACGUAGGUAUCGAUAUCAACUCUUCAACCUCUGUUGCUCAUAAUUCAUGGUAUAAUAAUUUUACGUCUGGGAUAACAACCGAUGCUUGGAUUAGCUACGAUUCUAGCUCACGGAAUCUUAGUGUUAUGUACACACUUGUUCAAAAUGAUUCCACGGUCGUAAAGCGUGACGUUGGUUACGUAGUUGAUCUUAGAGAUGUCUUGCCAGAAUGGGUUACUUUUGGCUUCUCAGCCUCAACAGGAGAUCUCUUCGAAAAAAAUAGCAUCCGAUCCUGGGAGUUCAACUCGACUUUACGAAAUAUUGAUGAUGGAAAAGGGGAAAACAAGACAGCACUAGUGGUGGGGUUGGGCGUUGGCUCGUGUGCUUUGGUUGCUGGGCUGGCUUUGGUCGGCUUUGUCUUAUGGAAGACAAAAAUUAGAGGGAAAAAACAACAAGAUCUCAUCGUUGAUCCGUCUAUGAAAGGAGAAUUCGAGGAUAGAGGACCUAGGAAGUUUUCGUACAGUGAAUUGGCUAGUGCUACGAAUAGCUUUGCAGAGGAAGAAAAGCUUGGAGAAGGAGGGUUUGGUGGGGUUUAUAGAGGGUUUUUAAGACAACUGAACUCCUAUGUUGCUGUCAAAAAAAUAUCCAGUGGGUCUAAACAAGGCCUAAAGGAAUAUGCAACAGAAGUAAAGAUCAUUGGACAAAUGAGGCAUAGGAAUUUAAUUCGACUCAUUGGUUGGUGUCAUGAUAAGGGUGAGCUACUAAUUGUUUAUGAGUUCAUGCCAAAUGGCAGCUUAGAUUCCCAUCUCUUCAAAGAAAGAAGCUUGUUAUCGUGGGAAGUAAGGUACAGAAUUGCUCAAGGCAUAGCUUCAGCAUUGCUCUAUCUACACGAAGAAUGGGAACAAUGUGUUCUGCACAGGGAUAUAAAAUCAAGCAAUGUUAUGUUAGAUUCUGAUUUCAAUGCUAAACUCGGGGAUUUUGGUUUAGCUAGGCUUGUUGACCACGGAAAAGGAUCUCCAACAACGAAUGUUGCAGGGACCAUAGGUUACAUGGCUCCUGAAUACAUCCUUACAUGGAAAGCUAGCAAGGAAACAGAUGUCUAUAGCUUUGGAGUUGUUGCCUUAGAAAUAGCAUGUGGAAGAAAACCCGUUGAUCUCAACAUCGAUGAAACUCAAACAGUCAUGGUGAGUUGGAUUUGGGACUUUUACGGAAGUGGAAAGCUUCUGGAAGGAGUGGACCAGAAACUAGGUGGAGCUUUUGAUGAGCAAGAAAUGGAACGCUUGAUGAUUGUUGGGCUUUGGUGUGCUCAUCCAGAUCCCAAUCUCCGGCCUUCAAUAAGGCAAGCAGUUCAGGUCCUUAGUUUCGAAUCUCCACUGCCUGUUCUCCCAUCAAAGAUGCCGGAGUCAGCAUCCUAUGAUUUUCCAACAAAUAUGCCGACAUCUUCAAUUUCUUCAUCAUCUGGUGGUACUUAAGUGUGCAGGAGACCCAAUCUAUUUUGUUCUCCAAAUAAUAAGGGAAGUUAUAAAAUCUAUAGGCCUACACUACUCUCCCGAAUAUUUUGGGUUUUUCUUGGUUUUAUAAUUUGUUUUUGAUAUGUUUGGCAGUAUUGUUCAAUUAUCUAUAUAUGAGUAAUGUCAUUGGAUAAUACCCCCAAGCGUUUUUUGGUA